AUGGACAACUUCGGUUACCGCGAGAUGGGGUGGCCGGCACCUCUGAAAACUCCUACAGCUACUUCGAACAGGUCACGCAUAUCGCGAAGCUAUAGUUCGCGGUCUAAAGAACCUGAAGAAUAUCCCUUAAAAGGCAUAUUCAAACAUGACCGGAACUUGGAUUUACUCGAAGCUGCUCAAGAGCCCGGCCAUGCCAAGGAAUACCUCUUCGUCGGGCCUUCGCCACCAGCUGAAAACGCCCCGAAUAUGUACCAAAGCUUCGACAUUCUUGCGCCUGAUCCUGACGCAAGGUUGACAGAAGAUAUAAUAAGGAAAUCUCUAUGUGAAAGAGCUUUAACAUUGGGAGCUGGAAGAUUUUUUGACGACGUUGAAUGCGGCUUGAUCACAGCCGAUAACAUCGAAGAGCACAUCUGUUCAGCCCCAGAGGUGGUUGUUAAUUUGACUUUGUUAUGGGCAGCGUUUCUUACAAGAGAUGAACUGUUGCCACCUAUAUUAGAAGCUGGUGCAGAUAUUCAUUAUUCAGAACCUAUCGGAUUGACUGUGUUACAUAUUGCAGCUUAUAGCAAUGCAACAAGAUCUGUGGGCUAUCUACUAUCCAUAGGUGCAGAUGUUGAUUAUGCACCCAAAUAUUUUGCUCCGUUACAUUGUGCUGCUUUUGGAAAUUCCUUAGAAGUGGCAGAGGUUUUGAUUGCAAACGGCGCAUCAUUGCAUGCGGUAGUGCAAAGGGCUGGAUGUGAAGACAACCUCGUCCAUUGCGCUGUGAGAAAUGAUGCACUGGAAUGUAUGGAGUUGUUUAUUGAGAAAGGUGUUGACCCAGCGUAUAUUACAUCAGGAGGUCUUAACGCAUUACAUUUAGCGGCAGAAAUAGGAGCACAAAGAUGUCUCGCGUUUCUGCUAAAAGAAACAAAGCUAAGUGUAAAUGGUGGAACAAAGCAAAGAGAUAAGGAGUGCACAGCGUUGCAUCUAGCUGCCUCAAGAGGUUACACGGAAUGUGUUGAAAUUUUGUUGGCGGAGGGAGCCAAGGCUAAUACGAAAAACUAUAGAGGGUUUACUGCACUACAUCUUGCCGCAAGAUGUUCAAAUUUAGAGUGUGUUGAGCUGUUAUUACGAGAUGGAAACGCUGAUCCUAAUGCCGAAGAUCAUGAUAAAAGAACACCUUUACACGCUGCUAUUUGCAAUUCUGAUAGAGCCUGUGAUAUAAUUGACAUGCUUGUAAGUUGGGGAGGGCAUGUAAAUAAAAAGGAUGAAUACGGCUACUCGUCGUUACAUCUGGCUGCUAUGGACGGGCUUACGCAAUGUGUGGAAACUUUGAUAUUUUUAGGAGCUGAUGUAACCUCGAAAUCUAAGAAAGGUCAUACAGCACUGAGUGUUAUUGUACGCAAAACACCAAAAUCACUUGCUAUUUUGAGACAUAAUUUAGAUAAUGGAAUAUCGGUUAGCAGAUCAACGGAGGCCAACGAAGAAGUUCAAAUCGAAUUUGAUUUCGGGAAACUGGUAAAAUAUUCUUAUCCCCGUGAAAUUACAUAUUUGAACAGUUUGAUCGAUGAAGGUCAGAAAGAUAUUUUGCAGCACCCAUUAUGCUCUGCUUUUUUAUUUAUGAAGUGGCGUAAGAUACGAAAGUUUUACUUGGCGAGACUAAUAUUUUGUUUUUUGUUUGUUUCUUUCCUUUCAAUAUACGUACUGACUGCUGUUGUGAAAACGUGUAAAGGGAAAAACUCCAAGAAGUACGGUGUAUUGAACGAACUUUGUCAAAAGCAAUCUAUACUUGGUGAUAUAUUGGAGGAAAAUCCUAUAGAAUUUGAGAGGUGGGUAUUGAUUGCUAUAACAGCAUUUGAAAUAAUGAGGAAACUGACAGGCAUAACUGGAUAUUCGAGUAUGUAUCAAUACUUUACCACUUUUGAAAAUUUAAUGGAGUGGUUCGUCCUACUGUCGGUAUUUUCACUAUAUAAUAUUCAGAAAGAGUAUGGUUGGCAGAAUCACGUUGGGGGUUAUGCAGUUUUAGGUGCAUGGACCAAUUUAAUGUUGAUGAUGGGACAGCUUCCUAUGUUUGGUGAUUACGUGGCUAUGUACCAAAAAGUGUUGAGCGAGUUUCUGAAGCUACUUCUAGCUUACAUUUGUCUUCUAUUGGGUUUUGCUAUAUGUUUCUGUGUGCUAUUUCCAAACGAAGAGAUGUUCUCUAAUCCUUUAAUGGGUUUCAUCAGUACCUUAGCUAUGAUGGUUGGAGAAUUGAACCUUAAUAUUUUAAUAAAUGAUCCGAUGCUCGAAGAUCCUCCAUUAAUUUGGGAACUCUCAUCCCAAACUAUAUUCAUAUUUUUUGUUAUGUUUGUUACUAUAAUAUUGAUGAAUUUACUAGUUGGUAUAGCGGUCCACGAUAUUCAAGGGUUGCGAAAGACUGCUGGACUAUCGAAGCUUGUUCGACAAACGAAACUAAUUCUCUUCGUAGAAAUGGGUAUGUUUAGCGCACUUCUGCCAAAGUGUCUGCACAAAUAUGUAUACAGAACCGCUUUAGUAUCACCAGAUGUAGGCAAAGUUAUAUUGAGUGUAAAACCACUGAAUCCGAAUGAGAAACGAUUACCGACGGAUAUAAUGAUGGCUGCAUAUGAACUGGCUCAAAUAAAUAAAUUGAAAUCAGGAAAAUCUAUUAAAGAAUUGAUACAUAAAAAUCGAUAUUCUUCAAAGUUCAAGAACGGGGAAUCUAAUGAUCAAAAUGUAAAUAUAGAAUUAAGAGGAAUGCAGGAGAAGAUAGAUCAGACGACAUUCAAUUUGAAGAAGAUAGACCAAGAGAUGAGGCACCUGAACACGUUGUUGAUGGAACAGAGUAAUAUGUUGCAGGCCCUAGUAAAAUCAAUAGACAGAUCGUAUCCACAGAGCCAGUAUAAUAACAGUAUGGCACAAUUUUAUCCUGAAUCUCCCAUUUUCUUUUCUAGCAAUGUAUCCGACGUUACUUCUAUAGCUAAAUAAAGGUAAAAA